AUGGCGGUCCUCUCAUUGAUAACCUCGGCCAAGUUGGAUACGUCCCUUGACGUGCCCGCCCUCAAUCCGCCGAAUGAUAUCACAUCAAACUUUGGCCAUCCGCCAAACAAAAACUACAUUUCCCAAGCCGUAAUACCAACAUGUUUGGCUCUCACAACUAUAGCCGUCCUUCUCAGGACAUGUCAUAGGCUGUUCUGUGUCAAGAAAAUUGGGUUUCCUGACAUAUUAAUGUUAAUAUCUCUUGGCUGUUAUAUCGUAUGUGCAUACCUGAAUUAUCGGCUGGUAGAGGACCCUGGCGCCUUCGUUCAUCAAUGGGAUGUCCUACUAAAGAACAUGUCGGAUAUCCUCUUUCCCCUAUUCCUCAGUGGUAGUUUCUACAUCGGAGCUGUUCUGGCAAUAAAGGCGGCAAUACUUCUGGAUUGGAUCCGUUCACUCAUUCCGUACGGCGUGCGGAACAAUUUCUUCUGGUUCUGUUAUGGCGUGCUGGGCGCGAAUGUCAUAUUCUACAUCGUAACUCUCUUCCUCAUGAACUUCGCCUGCGUUCCUAUUGAGAAAAAUUGGAACCACCUAUUCGUCGGCGGCUCCUGUCCGGUCAACAGGAAGGCCCUCAGCAUCUCGUCAGCUGUGCUGAACCUUUGCUCGGAUAUAUCAAUUCUGCUUCUGCCGCAGCACGUCAUCUGGCGCUUGGACAUGUCAACAAAAAGAAGAAUCGGCGUCUGUGUUAUCUUUGCUAUAGGUGUUUUGCUUACUCUUUAUGUUAUCCUUUCUUUCGACACGUCUGAAUUUGGUGGGCGACAGAACGCUAAUAUCAGGAAACACUACAGCUGCUGUGCUUCAGCAGGGUUACGCCUUCGUGCGAUACUCAACUAUUCUAGGUCAGAUGAUAUAAUCUACUACACGGCACCUGUGAUGCUCUGGGCUCUUGCCGAGAUGACUUGCAUGUUCCUCAUUUUCGGUACUCCAAGCGCAGUCAAGAUCCUGCCGGAAAUUCGGUUUCUUGACCGGUUUACUUCAUCACCACGAUCGCUUGGAGAACGACUUACUCGACGCUCGGGUUCCAGAGCUGGUAUACCGUCAUGGCCUGGAUCAGAUAUGAUAAAUAACCCACAAGCGAAUUCAUCAUACGCGUACUAUCGCAGGAUAAACAAUUUCAAUCGCGGCGUGGUUCUGACAACGAUAGGCUCUCAGGGAAAUAUGCGUUCCGAUUCUAUAGAACAUCUCAAGGACCAUGUAGUAAUACAACCCCCUGAACGCGGAAAGAUAAUGCGGACUACACACUUCGAAACGCACGAGGAAUAUGGAGAUUUUGAGCGCGACUUAGCUCUAUGCGAUGGAUAUGACCGCCAGCAUCCCUGGGCAAAGGACCGUAUCUAG